AUGGAGGCGGCUAUGAGCGGGCGGGCUGGAGAAGUCCGAAAGCACCGCGUGGCCGAUGAAUUUGACCUCUUCUUGCUGUCGUAUUCCGGCGGUGGCAAAGGGUGGGUUCACGCUUCCCCAGAUGAUGUAGUCGAUUGGUUUAGCUAUCUCGACUCCCAGGGCAAGGGGACGAAGUUGGUUCACGAUGCCACGUGUGCGGGAGUGGGGUCGAGCGAUCGCCGGAGCUGCUCCCCGGGCGCGACGUGCAAAAAGCGAUACGGCGCCGAGUCUCUCCGCAAGGGUUUCUACUCUAAGCUAAAGAUGGCGUAUAAGGAACAGCUGGGUAGAGGGGAUGACUGGAACCCCACCGUGGGGUCGGGUAAUCCGUGUGCGAGCCCGACGGUGGACGCGUACCUCACGUUCACCACCGAAGAGCAGAAGCGGGUAGGAGUAACCGCAAAACAGGCAGCACCCCUUCUGGAGGACACCCUCGGAGAGUUGCUGCCGCACAUGCGUCUGAGAGCGCUCGCUUCCGACUCUAUGGCGGAACGCAUAGCCAUCACUCGGGAUGUUGCCCUUUUCUCCCUUGCACACCAUUCUAUGCGUAGGGGGUUUGACCUCUCCUUUACGCUGGGGUCGCAGGUACUCCGGCUGCCGGAGUCGCGGGGGUUCAUUUUCAACUUCCUCUUCGGAAAGACGUUGCGGGCUUCGACCGAAGCCAUUGUCGUGCUUGCUAGCACGAACCGGGACGUAUGUGCCGUCAGAGCAGUGGCGGAGUACAUCCUAGCCGCACAACAGGUAGGGUGGGAUUUGUCAUCGGGCUACCUGUUCCCGUCGGUCCUGGACGAUGGUAGCCGGGGGAACUCGAAGCUGGUGGCGACCCAGAUGACAUCGUCCCUGCAGGCGCACCUCAGAGCGGCCAGCCUUCCCGCCCAUUUUUCCAUGCACUCGUUCCGAGUGGGGGGGUCGUUGAGUCGGUCCAUGGGGGGCUCCGCCAUAGAAGAGAUUAUGCAGAUCGGGGGUUGGAAAACGGAGUCCAUGGCGAAGUACUACGUAGAGCCGUCUUCCAAACGGCAGCGGGCAGCUAAUUAUACGGCCACCAACGAGGAGCCGUUAUCGCCAGCGUUCGAAACCGACUUCGCUGCCUGUGUUCGCCGUAAGCUGGCUUAA